AUGACUAGAAUAUGGCCACCGUACACUCCUUUCCCCUUUGCCCACCAUCUCGACGUGGCGCUGUUUCCACAACUUUCUCAAAAAGUUAAGAACUCAAGUCGCAGGAGCAAUUUUAUAUCAAUGACAACUCGUUUAAAAUUUUCUAUCAACGAUUACUCUUAUAUCAACGACAACUCUUAA